GUGGCAGCAGCUGCAGCGGCGGCGGCGGCAGAGGCGGCAGGAGCUGCUGCAGCAAAGGCGGAGGCUGCUCCUGGACGCGCGGGGCCGCACAGCCGGAGCCCCAGUCCGGAGACGCCGGGCGGUGCGCUGGGUGCUGCGGCUGCUGCCCGCCCGCGCCGCCCGGGCCCCCGCUGCCACCUGGGCCCCAGCAGCCCCUCGCGCCCCCGUCGACACCGCCCGCGUGUGCGCCCCAGCCCGGACGCCGCCCCCGGCCGGGUCUCCACUUCUCGGCUGCACCUCCCAUGACAGCACCCGCUCGAAGAUGGCUGCGAAGGGCCCGCACAGCUCCCACCUGAAGAUGGAGAGCGAGCUGGAGCGCUGCCGCGCCGAAGGCCAUUGGGACCGCAUGCCUGAGCUGGUCCGGCAGAUGCAGACGCUAGUCGUGCCCGGCGGCGGAGGCGGCCGGCGAGCCAGCCCGAACGCCACGUUCACCUCUCUGGACACCGAUGACUUUGGGAAAUUGCUUCUGGCCGAGGCUCUCCUGGAGCAGUGUUUGAAGGAGAAUCACGCCAACAUAAAAGACUCCAUCCCUUUGCUGGAGAAGAAUGAACCGAAGAUGAAUGAAGCCAGAAACUACCUAAGCAGUAUCCUUAACCACGGGAAGCUGCCGCCACAGUACAUGUGUGAGGCCAUGCUGAUCCUGGGCAAGCUGCAUUACGUGGAAGGCUCGUACCGAGAUGCCAUCAGCAUGUAUGCGAGGGCUGGGAUUGAUGACAUGUCCAUGGAGAACAAACCUCUGUAUCAGAUGCGGCUGCUGGCGGAGGCCUUUGUCAUCAAAGGCCUCUCCCUGGAACGCCUACCCAACUCGAUCGCCUCUCGCCACCGCCUGACUGAGAGGGAGGAGGAAGUGAUCACCUGUUUCGAGAGGGCCUCCUGGAUCGCUCAGGUGUUCCUGCAGGAAUUGGAGAAGGUCACAAGUAACACCACAUCCCGGCAUCUGAAAGGCUCUCCCCUGGUGGACUAUGAGCUCACCUACUUCCUGGAGGCCGCCCUCCAGAGCGCUUACGUGAAAAACCUGAAGAAGGGGAACAUCGUGAAAGGCAUGAGAGAGCUCCGGGAGGUCCUGCGCACUGUGGAGACCAAAGCAACUCAGAACUUCAAAGUGAUGGCGGCCAAGCAUCUGGCAGGGGUCCUGCUGCACUCCCUGAGUGAGGAGUGCUACUGGAGCCCCCUGUCGCACCCGCUGCCCGAGUUCAUGAGCAAAGAGGAGAAUUCCUUCAUCACACAGGCCCUGCGGAAACCUCACCUCUACGAAGGAGACAACCUCUACUGCCCCAAGGAUAACAUUGAGGAGGCCCUCCUGCUGCUGCUCAUCAGCGAGUCCAUGGCUACACGGGAUGUGGUUCUGAGCCGGGCACCAGAGCAGGAGGAGGACCGGGCGGUGAGCCUGAGGAACGCCGCGGCCAUCUACGACCUCCUGAGCAUCACGCUGGGCAGGAGGGGGCAGUACGUCAUGCUCUCCGAGUGCCUGGAGCGAGCCAUGAAGUUCGCCUUUGGAGAGUUUCACCUUUGGUACCAAGUGGCCCUCUCCAUGGUGGCCUGUGGGAAGUCAUCCUACGCUGUGUCACUGCUGCGGGAGUGCGUGAAGCUGCGGCCCUCGGACCCCACUGUGCCCCUGAUGGCCGCCAAGGUCUGCCUAGGGUCCCUGCACUGGCUGGAGGAGGCAGAGCGCUUUGCCCUGAUGGUGAUCCACCUCGGGGAAGAAGCUGGGGAGUUCCUCUGCAAGGGCUACCUGGCGCUGGGUCUCACCUACAGCCUGCAGGCCACCGACGCAACUCUGAAGUCCAAGCAAGACGAAUUGCACCGGAAAGCCCUGCAGAUGCUGGAGAGAGCCCAGCAGCUGGCGCCCGGCGACCCCCAGGUCAUCCUCUAUGUCUCCCUGCAGCUGGCCCUCGUCCGCCAGAUCUCCAGCGCCAUGGAACAGCUGCAGGAGGCCCUGAAAGUGUGCAAGGAUGAUGCCAACGCGCUCCACCUGCUGGCGCUCCUCUUCUCCGCCCAGAAACACUACCAGCAUGCCCUGGACGUCAUCAACAUGGCCAUCGCAGAGUAUCCCGAGAACUUCAACCUGAUGUUCACCAAGGUGAAGCUGGAGCAGGUACUGAAAGGCCCAGAGGAAGCGCUUGUGACCUGCAGACAGAUGCUGCGGCUGUGGCAGACCCUGUACAGCUUCUCCCAGUUGGGAGGCCUGGAAAAGGACGGCAGCCUUGGAGAGGGCCUCACACUGAAGAAGCAAAGUGGCAUGCACUUGACUCUGCCCGAUGCCCACGACGCAGACUCCGGCUCCCGGCGGGCGUCAUCCAUCGCAGCCUCCCGGCUGGAGGAGGCCAUGUCAGAGCUGACCAUGCCCAGCUCGGUCCUGAAGCAGGGCCCCAUGCAGCUGUGGACCACGCUGGAACAGAUCUGGCUCCAGGCUGCUGAGCUGUUCAUGGAGCAGCAACACCUCAAGGAAGCAGGCUUCUGCAUCCAGGAGGCGGCGGGCCUCUUCCCCACCUCGCACUCGGUACUCUACAUGCGGGGCCGGCUGGCCGAGAUGAAGGGCAGCUUGGAGGAGGCCGAGCAGCUGUACAAGGAGGCGCUCACAGUGAACCCCGACGGCGUGCGCAUCAUGCACAGCCUGGUGUUCGAGGAAUCCAGGCGGAAGGCUCUGCUCUCAAAGGUCAAAGAGGUGACCUCUGGCUGCACAGAGCUGCUUCCCCCACCCUCCUCCCCUGGCUGGUUCCAGCCACAGCUCUGGAGGGCGGGACCAGACAGGAGAGGCGACACACCUGAGGCAGACAACCAGCACUGCCAGCCCUCAGUUACGGGGACACUGGGAGAUGACGCCCCCUCACUGGCUCAGUUUUGCUUCUGUCAAAUGGGGAUAAUUCAGGCCUUUGUGACCGCAAGGGGUCAUUUUAGGACUCAGAUGGACCAAGAGCUGUGAAAAGAUGUCAGCUCUGGGUAUUUUGGCUACCACUUAUGCGGAAGGCUUGGUGGCAGGUGGACAGGGACCAAGGACCUCAGAGCCGCCUUUGGGGUUGCUUCUGGGGCUGGGUGGCUGGGACGGUUUUAAGUCCCCAGUAUCGGAGGCAGCCUGUGCCUGGAGGUUGGAGCCCAGCCUUCGAGUCUCACAGACCUGGACUUGAGUCCCACUUUGCCUGUACUUGCCGUGUAACCUUGGCCAAGUUCCUCACCGCCCACUCCCGCCCUCUGCCCCCAGCAGCUCCGUGUCCUCAUCUGUAAAAUGGAAAUUGCAAUGCCCAGCACCCAGGAUUUGGGUUACAGAGUUCUGUGAGUUAAUGGCCCAGUGGUUGCGGUUACUUUUACCUUUUGCGCUCUGAAGUGUGGCUCCCAGGCCAGGUUUGGGUGUUCCUGGCUUGCAGAGAGAAAGGGAAGCCCAGAGCCGAGCCCCAGACACUCACUGUCACUGAGCCAGGCCAUGGAGGUGCAGGACAUCAGCGCCAGCCACCCUACGGGUGGGACAAGUGUAUAGGCGGUGAGAGGCCAGGCUGGCCUCAGCUGAGAGCAAGAGCAGCUGGCCAGUGGCUCAGAGUCUGUGUUGUGGGACGGGGGGGUGGAUUUGAGACCUGCUCUUGCCCUCUCGUGCUCCUAGGUGACCCUCCAAAAGGGGUGGGCCGGGCCCUGGGCUGCUGGAGCCGAGGGGCCGGGAAGGCCAGGCUCUGGAGCAGCCCUGCCCUCUGGCCCAUAGUUGGAUUAGCCUGGUUCAGCCACUGCUUCCUGUCUUGAAAGGAAGAAAGGUGUCCUCAGCAGCUGAGAAGUGAAAUUCAGUGUCCAGCCUUCUGGAGUUUCCCGGACGCUGGACCAGGCGGCAGCAAGGUCCCUGCCUCUGCGCCCAGGACACCCCACCUGCUCUGGGCUUCUCCCGCCUCAUGGCUUCCUGAGCUGUGACAGGGAGGGGACUGAGGGUCCAGGCCGCCUGAGGAACAGGAGGCCCCAGCACUCGUGGGUGUGUGUGCGCGCGGGGGUGAGUUCUUGUACAGGCACCCCCGUCCUGGGGGUCUGUGCCUGCCCCACCCCUCCAGUAAGGAGGGAUAUUGCUUCUCAGGGGCAAUGUCUUGCUGGCCAUUUGACCUCCUGAUGCUGUGGUUUUCUCGUGUGUUUUCUGGCCUCUCGCCAGCACUGCCUGCCCCAGGGCCAAGGGGAAGAGAAGGAAGGAGGCUCGCCGUGUGAGGGUGGGAGGUGCCAGGGCUCCCACCCACCUUAUGCCUGCACGGCCCAGCCCCUGGCACACAUCCUGGACCCGCACCCCACGUGGUGAAGGUGGAGACGGGGCCCGCUGCCUCUGGCCCAGGGCUUUCGGCAAACCUUAGGCCAGUGUGUAGACUCCUGAAAUCCGUACCCACCUGGAUGCGGACGUGGAUGGGAAGCUUUCUCUCGGUGUCACAGACUAGAUCAGAGCCAUGGGUGAGCACGGUUCGCUUAAUUUAGCCCCAGAAUCAAGGGUCGGAAAGACUCAUGCGUCUGGAGGGUGCAGAAGGCCAGUGCAAACCCCAAAAGGCCAGCACACCCUUCUCCCUUUGGGCUCUGCCUCCUGCUCAGAGAGGAGCCUCUACUACGGGGUCCCCUUCUCGGUGCCUGUCACAAGCUGUUCACUUCCAGAAUCCAAAGUCCAGAGGCCUCGCCACAGCCACCAGACCUGGCCCUGUGGGCCCAGCCAUGUUCCACGGGGGCAGAGCCCCCUGCCUAGAGGUGGGACUGGCAAAGGAACCCCCCCCCCCAGCUCCACCCCGGGCUGUGACUCGCCCCCUCACCAAGCCUGUGCUUGUCUUCGAGCCUGGCUGUGACCCUCUGGGGACGGACACCACUCUUAGCCGAGGGGCCCACGGGUAGUUUCGACAUCUCACCCAUGGAGGCCCCAGGAGGAGGGAGGGACAGGGGUGAGCUCUGCCACAUGAGAAGCACGGACACCUCUGCUGCCCCAGAAGACCCCCACCUAGCUGUCAGCUGGGUGUUGGGGUCCGGAAGGAGUCGUGCCCCUCCGCCCCUCCUCGGGAGAUGGGACCAGCCUGUGGCCUUGGAGCUGCCCCAGCCGGGGGAGGGCAGUAGCUGGGUGUGGGCUAGGUUCUCAGCCUGGAGAGAGUCCUCUUUCCUGGUUGGGUUGGACAGGUUGAGGCUGACACGUUGGGGAGAAGCUGGAGUGCAAGGAGGGAGUCUGCACUGGCUGGAAUGGGGGCCUCCCAGCACCCGGGAUGGGUGAAGGGAGGGCGCCUUCCCUGGAGCAGCACGGGCUCCUGCCUGCAGCGCCACGGUCCCCAAGCAGGGGGCUCCAGGGACCAGGAGGCUCCAGCAGCCUCCAGCUGAUUCCCGGCUUCGCAGCUGGAAAGGCUGUUACAGAAUCCCAGGAAUGUGCUUGGAGCUCAGAAAGAAAAUUCCCAAAAUAACUUCUAUAAAUACUCGAGGGUAGGGGUGGGGAGGGAGCUCGCAGCCUGGCACUAGGGGCAGCCCAGCCCCAAAAGAAGGCGGUGGCUCACCCAGCCAGGACCUUCGUGCUGCCGCACCCCUCUGGGGGGACAGUGUUAGCCACUGGGUGAGGUGGGGUGCAGUGGCAAUUCUGAAAAGGGCGGGCGGGAUCCUCCCUCCCCUUCGUCCCCAUCCUGGCUGCCGCUCCUGACCCCACCCUGUCCUUCUGCAGAGAACCCGGCUUCCUAACAAAGACGGUCCCCUCACAGUCUCCCUGCAAACCCGAGACCAGACCCCAGCUGGGGUGGGGCUUCUCAGGUUGCCUGCCUUUGUGGCCCUACGAGGAGGUCACUAGGGACAGGUAAAGGCCGCUGGUGUGCCAGGUUUUGUAUCCAGGACAUCCCGCCACCCAGACCCUGUUGAGCUGCCGUUCUGUGGGGCUGGUAGUGCCAGGCCCCCUGCCUCAGCCUCAGGGGAGCGCGUCCAGGAUGGCAUCCUCGAGCCCCCAGUAACAGCACGAUCUCAGGUGACCAUGUGGGCAGAAGGGGCCGUCCUUGGGGAAGACUUCGGGAGGAGCAGGGUCCCAGGUAGAGGAGCGGUGGCCAGAGGCUCUGCCAUCGCGGAGAUCCAGGAAGGGAGGAAAGAGGGAAUGAUGAGGGCGGGAAGGCCUGGGAACUCCGUGGCCCUGCCCUCCCUGAGCGGCGCCCGUUAUAGGCGUGAUGCUCCGUCACCCUGAGCAGCAUGCACGUCGUUCCCAUCCCGGCGUGGGAGGCACAGCCGUGCCAUCUCCCAGGUCAAGUGUCAGAAGCUGAAAGUCACUCAGCAGGUCUGGUCUCCUCUCUCAGCACAGGGUCGGGAGGGGUCAGCAGGGACAUUGGGAUGCAAUCGAGAUGCCGGUUCUGGGUUCCCACCUUCUCCCUGGAGACCUGUUCUCAGGGCAGCUGGGGGUCAGGGUGCCAAGAGGGUGCCGGACCGUGGGCCCUCGGCCCAGUGCCAAGCUGGGGGCAGAGCAGGUGAGACCUCGCAUCUUCCUGGGGCGGGGCCCCGCCCAGUUGUCAGGCAGCAAACAGCUCGAGUUGCUACCAAACAUGAACUGAACAGGCUGGUGUCUCGGGCAGGUGGCCGCAGAUCCUGUUACAGGCCCUGGGCCUCCAGGCCCCAGCCUGACCCCGGUGUCUCCUUUCAGGCGCUAAGGUCAGCACCCCAGGGUUGGGAGGGGGGGACGUGAUCCAACCCCAGGGGGAGCCUUGCCCUCUAAAGGAAUCUGCUCUUCUGCACCCUCCUUGUCCCCCCUUCCCGCCACCCUGACCCUCUGUUCAGCUUGGGGACACUUCCAUUUGCUGUCAGCCCCAACCUGCGCCUUGCUACCCAGUUUCAAAUCCAUCC